AUGGACGACUCUGCAUCCAGUCAUUCCACCGUCAUCCAGCCAGAGCAGCUUCAGCUCCAGCCUGCAAACGACAUCAAACACCCACAGCAUGAUCCCUUUCUCGUCCGCUUCGAUCCUGAUGAUCCCGCAAAUCCAAAGACCUGGUCAAGGCUCAAGAAAUGGUAUCUCACCCUCGCAGGCGGUCUUCUCGUCCUCAAUGCCACCUUUUCCAGCUCCGCGCCCUCUUCUAUAAUACCAGAGCUCCAAGCCCAGUUCGGCUUCUCUGAAGAAGUUGGCACACUUACCCUCUCCCUCUUUGUUGCCGGCUACUGUGUCGGUCCUCUCCUAUGGGGUCCCCUCUCAGAACAGUACGGUCGCAGACCUGUCUUCAUCGGCACUUUCUUUGUAUACAUGUGUUUCCAAAUAGGCUGUGCUCUCUCCAACAACACUGCUUCCAUCCUCAUCUUUCGUUUCCUCGGAGGUACAUUUGCAGCCGCUCCCCUCGCAAAUUCUGGUGCCCUUAUAUCUGAUAUAUGGAACGCGAACGAACGAGGUACCGCCCUCGCCAUCUUCACACUCGCUCCCUUUGCCGGCCCCGGUAUAGGCCCCACCGUCGCAGGCUACGUCGUCGUCGGCGGCCUCUCCUGGCGCUGGCUCUUCUGGAUCCUUGCCAUCUUCGCGGGCGUUUGCUGGCUCCAAAUCGUCUUCACCAUUCCCGAGACCUACGAACCCAUCCUGCUCGUCAAAAAGGCUCAACAGCUAAGAAAGUCGACAGGCGAUGACCGCUACUACGCCUCGCGCGAAAUCGAAGUCGUCAGUUUCGCAACCCGUGUCGAGAAUAUCCUGGCGAGGCCUUUUAAAAUUCUCGUCCAGGAACCGAUGUUGAUCGCUAUUACUAUCUAUAUGAGUUUCGUGUAUGGAUGCUUGUAUCUCCUGUUCGAGGCAUACCCGAUCGUGUUUACGAUAGCUCAUAAUUUGAACGCUGGCGUAUCAGGCCUCGUUUUCCUCCCCCUCCCAGUCGGCGGGGCAAUAGCAGUCGCAAUGUACAUCCUCUUCAUCAACCCCCGCUACGCCCGCAAAGCCCAAGAAUGCGCUCCCAACCCCGUCCCUCCCGAGUUCAGACUUGAAAUCGCGAUGAUCGCGGCGCCCUUCUUCACCAUCGCCUUUUUCUGGUUCGCGUGGACGAGCUAUCCGAGUAUUAAUAUGUGGGUGCCGAUGAUGUCUGGGCUGUUGCUUGGGUGGAGUAUUUGUUUGAUUUUCCUUGCGUUGUUUAAUUAUAUCAUCGAUGCAUACCUAUUCGUCGCCGCCUCCGCCCUCGCCUCCAAUACCGUUAUCCGCAGUCUUUUCGGAGCAGGCUUUCCCCUCUUUGCCACGCAAAUGUACGACAAACUAGGCCCCCAAUGGGCCUCUUCCCUCCUCGGCUUCAUCGCGCUCCUGAUGACUCCCAUCCCAUUCGUGCUCACUAAGUAUGGUCCGGCGUUGCGGGUCAAGUCGAAGUAUGCGCCGUCGGGGAAGCCUGUGGUAAAGGAGGCAUCUGCUGUGUGAGUGGGCUAGUAGAGUGGGAUUGAGUGAAUGGAGCGAGUAGCGUGGGUAGCGUGAUGUGGGGACGAGAGGGGAGGGGAGUGAUUUAAGAAGGCAGUGAUUUGAGAAGGGGAAGGAUGACGAGCUUGGAUUUGGGAGAGAAUCCGACUCGUUGAUAUCCGAUCCACCGAGGACCUUGAUACCGUGUGUGUCCGCUGUACCACGAUACCCCAUCAAUGCUCAACACCACCACCCCUACUCGAUGCUACAAACGGCGACUGCGAACGGCAGUAUCAACUACAACUGACGUUUUAUGAUGUUACGAUCAUAAUGGAGAGCCCUUUAUUAACUAAUACAUCCUCUAACCGGAAAAGCGGAAGCGGAAGGAUGGAAAGCGGAAUUUGACACACUAUGCAUUAUAACACUAUCACACUUCGAGUGGAUGAAAAUCAACUUAGAGCGGUACCCAUGAACUAGGUCAUUCCGUACCAACACUGUAGACCCCAGAAAAGGUGAUAAUCACCUGAUAACCUGAUGAAUAUCAACAAUCAACUACAAACUGGCUGAUAUUCGGUGCAGGGUGAUUUAUGGGUGAUUUAAUAAAACUAUGUGAAACUCAG